GGAACACCGCUCGAUUCAAUUACAUUUUUACUCUAUUCGAGUGCUGUGGUGGGUUUACCCCGGAUUCAUCUUGUUUCGCUAAGAGAAUUUAAAUUUACAACCGUAGUGGCGGGAGUUCGCCACGAGAUCCACCGAUUUUUUUAACUCAUUUUGUAUUCCACUGUACCUGACCGGAGGGAAGGGUUGGCGGUAGGCAGUUGUUCCUGACAGGAUACGGUUAGAUACAGUAUACAGUACUCGAGUACAGUACAAGUACCAUCAGGGCGCUCGUCUGUCUCUUCGUCUCCUCUCUUGUGGGUUAGCUUGGCCACCAUUUCUUGCUCGAGUACGAGUACCAGUGCCGUAGAGUAUGAUACCAGUACCGUACUUUUUUCUUCUUCUUCCUCUUCCUCUUCCUCUUCCUCUUCCUCUUUCCCGCCUUGGAAUAAUAACAUUACGUUAAGGUGCUCCUUUCUUGGCGCUAAAUCUAUGACAAGGCUGGGCUUUAACUAGUUGGGAGGUUUUCUAUGCACAUCCCAAGCCUUCAAAGUACGAGUACCGGUAUCAUACAGUACAAUACUUUGCUUACCUACCGGCUGAUUGGCGAGCUAACAGCGGUCGCUCGUCCAUCCAUCCAUCAAACUUAACCCAACAGCUCCACGAAUGCUCACACCCACCAUCAACCCGUCUGCUUCAUCACCCUAAUCACCUUAACCUUACCUCAUUUCACACCCACACCUACACCCAACUCCCCUCACCUCCUCACUCACGCUUCUACAUACAGUACACCUCACCCCCCCCUCGUUGUUCGUUCGUUCCUUCAUUCGUUCAUCGUUGCUGUCGUCUGUCGUUCGGUUUCGGUAGACUGGGCUUGAGCUUUUCUUUCUUUUCCUUCUUUCCUUUCCUUUUUUUUUCCCUUUUUUUUCUCCCGAAGAAUCCUGCACUAUUACCUACCUACCCUGCCCCCCUUUCCCUCACUAUUGCUAGAGUUUGAUAAGGUAGUGUACGGGUAAAGGUACUGUAGCUUUGCUGGGCUUAGCAUAGCAAAGCAUAUAGCACAGGGACAAGAAAGAAAGCAAAACGGAAGCUCGGUAAAGGGACGAGGGAAGAAUUGGAUUUCCACCACUACUGCUGCGUUCGGUCAACUAAUCUUGUACCCCCCCACCUCACGGGCUCCCUGAGGGAGCUUCACCUCUCCAUCUUUCUACUUUACCCAGCUACUACUACUAUUUCUGCAAAGGGCAACCCCCUCCAUCCAGCCUGGCAGCAGUGAGCGUAAACGUGCUGGAUGAGGCACUGCCGAACGUGACUCGGCAAAUUCACCACCACAACCACUAUGAAUCGGCAGCAGAAACCAACCCUCACCACCACGACUACAUCGACAGCAACAAUGAUGAUUUUCAUACUCUGCACUCUCCUCUUCGGGGUAGGCCUAGCCCUCGGCCAGCAACACCAGCAAUACCACCAGCAGCAGCGAGUCCUCCCACGGGAUCCGGACUCCCCGCAUCUGGUUGCCGGGAUAAACGAUAGUGGCCGGAACUACAACCGCGGCACUGACGUUAGUUCCACCGUUCGAGCUCUCGCUACCGUUUCUGCGGGAUCGACUUCUUCCUCACCCCAGGAUCGUGGGGCUAUCUACCAGGACAAUAGGCGAAAGAGGAGUUUGGGCGUAACUACUGGGGGAGGGGGAGGGGGGAUAUCCGCGAUUGGAGGUCAUAGGAGUCUGAAUGACUGGGAGGUGGAGGAUUUUGUCCUGCUAGCUACGGUGGAUGGGACGCUACAUGCUAGGGAUCGGAAAAGCGGUGCUAAGCGGUGGGAGAUAUUCGCGCAUGAUCCGGUGGUUCAGACGGUCUACCAUCGCGCGAACGGCAGCGCGGCGGGUACAGAACGGGAUUGGAUUCAGGACGAUGACGUGGUUUGGAUUGUCGAGCCGAUUCAGGAUGGGGCUUUGUUCUUUUUUACGCCGGAUAAUGGGUUGCAGAAACUUGACGUCACCGUCAAAGGCAUCGUGGAUGACUUAUCGCCAUUCACGCCAAAGGGUAGUGAUCGCUCUUACAAUGGCGAAAAGAAGACCACGACUUUUGCAAUUGAUGUCCGUACCGGCAAUGUUCAGAGGGUCUUCUCAUCUGCUGGCGUGGCCAAUCCCGUCAACAACGAUAAAUGUAAGCCGAAUAAUGGACUUGAAGAGGAUCUCGAUGACGAUGAGUGCGAAUCUGUUCCAAAGACUAUUUUGAUCGGAAGGACUGGUAUGACUCACAAUUGGGAAUUGGGGGGAACGUUGAUUACUGAUAUUUCUUUGAAAGAGUAUAUUGUUACCAUCAAUAGUCUGUCCACUGGUGAGCGGCUUUGGACUAUCAAGUAUGCUGAGUGGGGACCCAAUAAUGGGGAUAGGGAUCUUGCCAUGCAGUAUGAAAGGUCUAUGGAUAAUAGGUAUAUCUAUAGCGGUCAUGAUGGUAAGAUUUAUGGGUUUGAAGGGGACGUAGCCGGUAUCGAACGCCGCCCGAAAUACCAGCAAUCCUUCUCCUCUCCUGUUAUCAGAGUCUUCGACGUCGUCAAAUCCAUAUCUUCCCCCGCAGAAUCCAAAACCACCGUUUCUGUUGUUCUCCCACAGCCAAAUCUCGCAUCCAGGGAAUUGGACCGGUACGAAGGAUUGACAUUUGUAGGCUGCACCGAAAACGACAGUUUCUACGCUCUAUCAGAAACAAGCUACCCAUACGUUACAGAUGGAGCUCCAGACGCAACAUUCUACGCUGGUGGGCGCCUAAAAUGGCAAACAUCCGCCCGUAACGAGCGUCACAAGACAAUAAUAGGCACCCACCACGCGCAUUUCGGAUUCGAUGAACCCUACCGCGCAUCCCUACCCGCCCCUACGCCGAUCUCACAUGAAGAACGACCAGCCGUCAGAUCCAGGAACACUGCCCCGCCGCUGCCGUCCUCACCCUCCCUGAAGGGUAGCCGUUUGAUCAACUUUGCUAUGGAAAACCUUGUGGAUAUAAGCAUUCUGGUUCCCAUACUUACAACGUUGAUUUGGUUGUUUAUGAGGCAGAUGGGUGGAAGCAAGGUUGGAAACAGGGCGCCAGAGAAUGUGAGCAAUGCAACUAUGGCUAGUCAUGCGGGGGAGUUCGUGCGGUUUGCUGGGGCGCCUUUGGAGCAUACACCGAAUGGAGUGCCAAUCCCAGAUGAAUUGCCCGACAAGGUGGUUAUUUUGGGGGAGCAGUUACAGGGGCAACCUGAACCAAUUGCACAGCAGCAGCAGGUGGAGGAAGCGGUGGCUGCGGCCAUAGAGGUGGCGGCUCCGAGGGAGGAGAUACAACGGCCGGCUGUAGCCCCGGAGGCAACGUCGGGGGCAGUAAGAUUUAGGGAUGCCGCGGCCAUGGUUGAAGAGGAUGCUGCGGUGACACCAACUCCUACUCCUAAGAAAAAGAAGCCUCAUAGAGGCCACAGGGGAGGUGCUAGGAAACGGGGAAAGGCAAAUGUGGAGAAGGAAAAGGAGAAAAUAGAGGUUGUGGUUAGUGAGGUGAAGGAGAUUGUUAGGGAGAAUCCGAUGCAGGUUGAUCUCAACACACUAGCUAUAGAUCCCUUAGGGGAAGAGUGGGAUUCGUCGUCACUAGUUGCGAUAAAUAACUUGAUGGUUCAUGAAGAUCAAGUGUUAGGCGUUGGCAGUCAAGGGACAAUAGUGUACAGAGGCUCGUUCGAAGGAAAAGUAGUAGCCGUCAAGCGGAUGUUGCGAGACUUUAUCGACGUAGCGGAGCACGAAGUCUCGUUAUUGCAGCAAAGUGAUGACCACCCCAACGUCAUCCGCUACUACUGCACCCAACACGGGUCCCGAUUUUUAUACAUAGCAUUAGAGCUCUGCCCAGCAUCACUAUUCGAUAUAUACUCCGACCCAAUAAAGCACUCUGACCUCCUAGAACUCAUGGACCCCAUAGACGUCCUCCGUCAGAUCGCCUCGGGAGUACGUCACCUCCACUCGUUAAAGAUUGUGCACAGGGAUUUAAAACCUCACAAUAUCCUUGUCAGCCACCCUAAACCCCUCCUGCACGACUCCUCAACGAAAAGGCCAAGGAUCCUGAUAUCAGACUUUGGCCUGUGCAAGAAAUUAGAAGGCGAUAAGAGCUCCUUCGGCGCCACAACCGCUCAUGCAGCGGGCACAUCGGGCUGGCGUGCGCCCGAACUCCUUGUCGACGAAGACUCCGCUGCGAAACCGACCUUCCCCUCACAACCUCCUCCCCAGCCACCAACGGCCGAAGCCUCCACCUCAAACUCAUCCUCCGAAACCGCUGUAAUUGACACACUAACUAACCGUCGCGCCACUCGCGCAAUAGACGUCUUCUCGCUAGGGUGCGUAUUUUACUACAUCCUCUCCCGCGGCGAACAUCCCUUUGGCACACGCUGGCACCGAGAAUUCAACAUCAUAAACAAUAAACCCGACCUCUCCCACCUUGCCCCUCUGGGGCUAGCAGAACACGAAGCCAAAGACCUAGUCUCUAGCAUGAUAAGCCAUAACCCUCGAGAACGUCCAGACGCUACGAAAGUUCUUAUUCAUCCGUUCUUUUGGUCGCCAGAGAAGCAAUUGGCCUUCUUGCUAGAUGUGAGUGAUAGGUUUGAAGUUGAGAAGGAUAAAGAGAAAAUCACUAGCCCCGAGGGAGGGUACAGAUCCCCGUUUAUACCAAUGCUGGAGCGAAAUGCCCGAGAAAUUUGUGGUGGUGCUGGGGACUGGAUGAAGAGGCUUGAUAAACUAUUCCUCGCAGAGUUAGUGAGCAAUAAGCGAAGAGGGUACGAUGGUGAGAAGGUGCUGGAUCUGUUGAGGGCUAUACGAAACAAGAAACAUCACUACCAAGACAUGAGACAGCCCGUAAAAGAAGCCGUCGGCGACCUCCCGGGCGGCUACUUGAGUUACUUCUCCCGGCGCUUCCCGGGCCUCCUACUGCAUGCCUGCGAAGUGGUUCGCGACACAGGCUUCUGGCAAGAACCGGUUUUCAGGGGAUAUUAUUCGGUGCAGCAUUAAUCUAUUAACCAGCUCAUCAACCUUGCUGGGCUACCGGUCGUAGAAGAGGAAGGAUGUUUCUUGCAUAUACUUUUUUUUUUUUCCUUUAAAAUUUCGGAACCUGUUCUCAUUUUUGCGGGGUUUAGUUCGCAUUUGGCUUGGGUUCAGACCUGGUGUGGGGUGGGUGGGUUGGGGAA